AUGCAAGGACUUAUCCUCAGGCUGCUACUUUUCUCAGGAAAGUUUUUGUUGACAAAUUCAAAAGUCUUGUUACCAGACUUGAAUGUCACUUGCAUCAUCCAAGAUGACUGUGUCCUGCCAUGCAGCUUUAGACCCACCGGCACAGUGGUAAUCCACUGGUACAAGCAGCAAAUCCCUGUCCACAGCUACUACUACCACAAAGAUCAGUUUGGACUCCAAAACAAGCACUUUAGCGGCAGAACGUCGCUCUUCAACUCCCACAUCCCUCAAGGCAAUGCCUCGCUGCUUCUAAGGAGGGUUAAAGUUCAGGACAAGGGCAGGUACAAGUGCUACACGAGCACACGCAAAGGCAACCAGGAGAUGUUUGUCAACUUGGAGCUAAGAGCUCCCAUCCAGUCGGUAACCAUGGAGAUGAGCGAUGAGAAGGCCACUUGCACCUCUCACAACAUUUACCCCAUGCCGCAGGUAAUGUGGGCAAUGGAGCCCCCCUCAGCUCAGGAGGCUCUGGAAAAUUCCACCAUUAGGACCACAGAUCACAAGGGCCUGUUCACUGUGGAGAGCACGCUGAGAAUUGUGGGUAAUCUAUCCGACCGCACGUAUUUUUGCUCUUUCAUGUCAGCCGACAGAAACCAGGUGUGGACAGCUUCUCGGAAGAACCAAGAAAAUAUAACUCAUGAAGAGGGACACCCACUGUCCAUCUCAUGCAUGGCUCCACACAGUAUUGAGAAUUUCUCCCUCACAUGGACCGUCUCCUCUCUCGCGGAGCAGACUCUGAUCUUAAAAUACGACAACAGAACAGGACACAUGGUCAACCUGUGGGAGGGUCAAGCUGUCCUUGACCAGGACCAGCUUCUGCAAGGAGAUGGGUCUCUCCUGCUCAGCAGGCCAGACAGUAUGGAACACUCUGGAACGUACACCUGUACCUUCUCAGGUUUUCAGAGCAGGCACAUCGUUCAGACCAAGGUCAACAUCACUGUUGCACUAAUAAGUGUGGACGAAAAGAGCCAGCAGAGGUCGUGGUGGAGCACUGCAGCAUCAGCAGCUUUCGUCUUGUUCACAAUUAUUGUAGCUCUCCCUCAGUGUGCUAGACAAAGAGCUGCUCAGCUAGACUAG